AUGGCGAAUGGCGCACAAGCAGAGCGAUCAUGCUGGGUCACAUUGCUGACGAAGCCGUCUUAUCUUCCAGGCGUGGUCAUUCUUGCUCACACCCUCGACAAGCAUGGUUCUCGAUACCCUCUCGUAGUCCAGUAUACGAACUCCCUGGGAGCCGAGGCAACCUCUGCCCUGGAGGCAGAAGCUUCUCACGGCCGGAUUGUGCCUCAGUAUGUCGAGCUCCUGCUGCCGCCUCCCGGACGAGAGAAUACUGCCAUUGUCGCGGAGAGAUUCAAGGACACCUUCACGAAACUGCGAGCCUUCCAGGUCUACGAACAAGGCUACACUCGCGCGGUGUUCCUUGACGCCGAUAUGGCUGUCUUCAGAAACCCGGAUAUAAUCUUCGAAACGAAGAUGCCUGGACGGGAUUGGCUUGGAGCAAAUCAUGCCUGUGUCUGCAAUCUUGACCACGACGAAUGGGCUCCUGAGGAGUGGCACAAGGGUAAUUGCGCAUACACUGCGCUCGAGGGUCCGAAGGAUGUGGCGCCGACACCGAACAGCAACAGUCGUCCAACGUAUCGCUUGCUGAAUGGUGGUACAUUUCUGUUCAAUCCAUCGGAGAAGCUGUGGAACGACUUGCUGCAUUUCUUCAACACCUCAGACAAGGUGAAGUCGUAUCAAUUUCCCGACCAAGACUUUCUGGGCGACUUCUAUGAGAACAAGUGGCAACCUGUGUCGUGGAAAUACAAUGCUCUCAAGACCAUGAGAUACUGGCAUCCAAAGAUGUGGGACGAUGACGAGCUAGUGGUGCUCCAUUACAUCGUUGAUAAGCCAUGGGAGCGACCAGUGAGUGACGAUGGAAUCGCUGGACACCUUGGCCGGGAUGGCGAGACUCAUAGUUGGUGGUGGAAGCUAUUCAGAGAUUGGGAGCAAGCCCGAAGUCGCGAAAAGGAUGGAGCGAUACUGGGGCAGAUGGACAAGCUUGUUGGCCACGGAAAGCCUUUUGAUCGGAAAGUACCCCUGCCACAAGAGCCCGGGCGACCUGAAGACGUUGCGCCAUUCCCUUGA